GAGAGAUUAAUUUUUCUUGGCAAGAGGAGUUUUGUAUGUUUUACUUGACACGUAAAUGGAACCAAAAAUCAAUAGACAGAUUACUUGUUCUUUAUAAAACAGGUACUUUGUAUAUUGCACCAGUUCAGAUUACCUUUGAUAAGAAAAAUCAUUCAGAUUCUGAAGGAGCCUUUUUUUCUGAGAUUUGGCUAGAAUUGAAAUUAGGGAUAAAUAACUUGAAUGUAGAAAUAAUCUUCAUAUGGAUUACACAAAAGAAUGAAGCUGAUGUUGAAGUAACAAGGAAGGUUAUAAGAAGAACUAAAGUUUCAAAGUAUAAAAAAGAGGUUGAAAUUAAUCCUGAUUACACAACAGUAGUAGCAGGAUUUGCAAACAUCAAUAGAGAUAUUUAUCGAUAUAUAUCUUAG